CUCACAACGUAACGGUACGCCCGCAGAGGCAGUUGUGCCCCGUCCAACAUUCAAGCGGAGUCCGUGUGCAUGUGUGUGUGUGACUCCAACGGUGUCGUCUAGUUCCCGUUACACUAAUGGGAAAGUGAGAGUGGACUCUCUCUCUCUAUCGAAGCAAAUAAUGCCGUUUGAGGCCUAAUAAAAAUCAAUAAACAAUACAAAAGCAAAGCCGUAAACAAAUAAAAAGGAGAUUAACAACAACCAAAUGCAACAAAAAGUGAACAAAUUAAAGAGAUUUACCAAUUAGUAAGCGUAACAUCAUUCAAACAGCAGAGGAAAUCACAAAUCAAAGAAGAUAUAAGACGAGAAUUCUACAAUGUCCGAGCACGGCGACAACAAUGGUGGCGAUCCAUCACAGCAGGCGGGGUCCGGAGCGGAGGGCGAGGCCAUGGGCGAGAAUAAAAUGAAAUCGCGCCUGCGCAAGGGAGCCCUGAAGAAGAAGAAUGUCUUCAAUGUGAAGGAUCAUUGCUUCAUCGCGAGGUUCUUCAAGCAGCCCACCUUCUGCUCGCACUGCAAGGACUUUAUCUGCGGUUAUCAAUCGGGAUAUGCCUGGAUGGGAUUCGGGAAGCAAGGAUUUCAGUGCCAAGUUUGCUCCUACGUGGUGCACAAGCGAUGCCAUGAAUAUGUCACCUUCGUAUGCCCCGGCAAGGAUAAGGGCAUCGAUUCGGACUCACCAAAAACUCAACACAAUUUCGAACCAUUCACAUAUGCAGGACCCACGUUCUGUGACCAUUGUGGUUCGCUGUUGUACGGCAUCUACCACCAGGGUCUCAAAUGCUCAGCAUGUGACAUGAACGUGCAUGCACGCUGCAAGGAGAACGUGCCAAGCCUCUGCGGAUGCGAUCACACGGAGCGACGGGGACGCAUUAAUCUCGUGAUCAAUGUCAAGGAGAACCUCCUCACUGUCCAGAUCAUAGAGGGCCGGAAUCUCAUACCCAUGGAUCCCAACGGACUCAGCGACCCCUAUGUCAAGGUCAAGCUCAUACCGGACGACAAGGAUCAGAACAAGAAGAAGACACGCACCAUCAAGGCUUGCCUGAAUCCCGUCUGGAACGAGACCAUCACUUAUGACCUGAAGCCCGAGGACAAGGAUCGACGCAUCCUCAUCGAGGUAUGGGACUGGGAUCGCACCUCGCGGAAUGACUUUAUGGGCGCCCUGUCCUUUGGCAUCUCGGAGAUCAUCAAGAACCCCACCAACGGAUGGUUCAAGCUGCUCACCCAGGACGAGGGCGAGUACUACAAUGUGCCCUGUGCCGAUGACGAGCAGGAUCUGCUCAAGCUCAAGCAGAAGCCAUCGCAGAAGAAGCCCCUGGUGAUGCGCAGCGAUACGAACACGCAUUCGUCCAUUUCCAAGAAGGACAUGAUCCGUGCCACGGACUUUAACUUCAUCAAGGUUCUGGGCAAAGGAUCCUUUGGCAAGGUUCUGCUGGCUGAGCGCAAGGGCAGCGAGGAGCUGUAUGCCAUCAAGAUACUCAAGAAGGAUGUGAUCAUACAAGACGACGAUGUCGAGUGCACCAUGAUCGAGAAGCGCGUCCUGGCCCUGGGUGAGAAGCCACCCUUUCUGGUCCAAUUGCAUUCCUGCUUUCAGACACUGGACCGUCUGUUCUUUGUCAUGGAGUAUGUGAAUGGCGGCGAUCUAAUGUUCCAGAUCCAACAAUUUGGCAAAUUCAAGGAGCCAGUCGCAGUAUUCUAUGCAGCGGAAAUAGCCGCUGGACUUUUUUUCCUUCACACCAAGGGCAUCCUGUAUCGCGAUCUGAAACUGGACAAUGUCCUACUCGAUGCGGAUGGACAUGUGAAGAUUGCCGACUUUGGAAUGUGCAAGGAGAACAUUAUGGCCGAAAAGACGACUAAGACUUUUUGCGGUACCCCGGACUACAUAGCACCCGAGAUAAUCCUGUAUCAGCCGUAUGGCAAAUCUGUGGACUGGUGGGCCUAUGGAGUGCUGCUCUACGAGAUGCUGGUGGGUCAGCCGCCCUUCGAUGGCGAGGAUGAAGAGGAGCUCUUUGCGGCCAUCACCGAUCACAAUGUGUCCUAUCCGAAGAGUCUCAGCAAGGAGGCAAAAGAGGCCUGCAAGGGUUUUCUUACCAAACUACCGAACAAACGCUUGGGCUGUGGUCCCACUGGCGAGGAAGAUGUCCGUCUGCAUGCCUUUUUCCGGCGCAUCGAUUGGGAGAAGAUUGAGAACCGUGAGGUGCAGCCACCGUUUAAGCCAAAGAUUAAACACCGCAAGGAUGUGUCCAACUUUGACAAGCAGUUCACAUCAGAGAAAACAGACUUGACGCCCACGGAUAAGGUAUUCAUGAUGAAUCUGGAUCAGUCGGAAUUUGUUGGCUUCUCCUACGUGAAUCCCGAAUACGUAAUUCUCCCAUAAAUAACUCUGAUCUGAUCAGUAAUAAUCCCAAAUCCCCGAUCUGCGCGUUGUGCCGCCCUUAAAUCUCUUUUUGAUAUUCGAUAUUAACAGCAUUGGCAAAUGCAAAAAGACACUUUGUUAUAUUUAUAUGUACAUCAUUUAUACGAGUUCAUAGAGAGCGAUUAUCCUUUGUUAAGUUUUCCAUUUCUUUUUGUUAUUCUGUUAUUUAUAUGUAUGUAUAUUUAAUCAAUUGUUAAGUUUCAACUGUCUGACAGACCUUCAGUUGUGCAAUAAUCGAAUACUGUUCAACAUCUCAAGCCUCCCUCAUCUGGAAGCCAAACGAAAGCAAUAUAAACCAUAGCCAUAGCGAAUGUACCCGCCUCUCCCCCAUUUCACUUUCUGUGUAGCAUUGUAAUGAUCCGAUCUAUCGAUUCUGUUCCCAUUUUCAAACCACUUUUCGAAGCUUUAAAUGUUUAAAUAUUCCAGAUAUUCCAAUUGAAAGUUCAUUUUUUUCGAAGCAAACAUCUAAGUGUUGUUUUAGGCAAACAUCUGAGUGUUUUGUAGCAAAUUAAUCGAUUCUUAAUAUAUAAAUACAAUUGGAAAUCAUAUGCAUACAUACAUAUGAAUGAAAGAUCAGAGAAACUAGCAGAUUGGAGCUUGAAGUUUGGAGCUUGGGUCAGGUUCAAACGUCAUUCGAUUGUUGUGUUUGCCCCAGCAUUACGAUCAAAUCGAAGUCGCGUUUAACUGGGUUCGCCAACAAAAAAACAAAAACAGAAAAAAACAAAAGAAGGAUAAAUUACAUUAGAGAAAAUAUUUAAAGAAAAAACAAAGCAAGCAACACAGCAAUUUCCAAUUCGGUUAAUCAAUGUAUUCAAUGUUUAAGCAGAGAAAUAUCAUAGAAAGUGUAAUUUUUGAAAUUCCAUUAAAAUAUAUAUAAAUGUGCGUGUAAAUUCAAUUAAAUUUAAAUUUGAUUUAACAAAGAACAAACAAAACAAAAAAAAAGAAAACAUUAUUAAGGUAUAUAUAGCGCGCCUAUAUAUACAGCUGGCAUAGAGUCUCAAUGUACCAUAAUUAACAAAUUGCAUAGCAAUAAGUUAAGCUUAGAAGAUACUUAAAACUGUAAUACUAUAAAACUGUAAAACUAUAAAAAAAAAACUGUAAAACUAUAGAACUGUAAAUCUGUACUACUGUAAAACUCUUAAUUCCCCCCCCUCCCCACCCCAAACAACGGAGGACGACUACGUUAGGACUCCACCCCGUUGGAGAUUGUUUUCAAGUUUAGUUAGUACCAACUAAACGUGAAACUAGCUGCUAACUAUGGAUUAAAGACAAUCUACUUUAAGCAUCUGACAUACAUAGUACUCGUAUGUGACAUACACUCCACCCCCCCGCCCCCUCCCCAUAUUGUAGUAUCGCUAUCAUUAAGGUACUCGUACAUAUAUGUAUUUCCAUGACUAGCGACAGCUGAGCUAAGCUUUUGUGCCUCUCGUAGCUAGCUCCGUAUCUUUCUCUCAUAGCAGAAUUCUGGCCACAAGAGGCUACAACUAUUUAUAGACAAAUUAUUUAACGCAAACCGUGUAAGAGAUGAAAAAUGUUUGCCAACUAAGGGAGAAUUUGUAGCCAAGCUAACAAGCGUAGGGCACAAUAAAUUUUGGCAACAAAAAAAUCCAACAGAAUGGAAAGUAAAAAAAAUUAACAGAAUUAUUGUACACGAUAAUUCACGUUGGUUGGAGCUUAAAAGUAUUUUGAAUCACACACACACACACAAUACAUUUCGAUAAAUACAAACAUAAAGAUAUAAAUUGUAUAAUUGUAUAACUCCGAACUUGAAGCAUUUAAACGUUUUCUUUAACUCUCCCAAAUUUGAAAUCAAAAUGUAAGCUAAGUAAGUGAACCAAAAUGAUCAAAAUUACAUACAUACUGUACUCGUACUCGAUCCCCGCCACUGAGGGAGACUAUGAUUUAUCCACAGAAUGAGUACUGCUUAAAGUUAAAACCAGAAUUUAUCGUACUCCGAAUGUGAAGAUGAAAUUUGCUCGUAUUUUUAACAAAUAUAUUUAAUAUAUAAACAUAACUAACAUACACAUAAUCGAUGUACAAUUUAGAUGUAUACAUAUGAUGUGUGUCUGAUUUAAUUUAAUGAAUUUUAUGACAUAUUAAAAAUGAAAAUGAAACAACAUUUCCAAGUCUGUUCAAAUAAUGAGAAUUACUCAACUUGAAUAGAAAAAAAAAAAAGGAAAACUUCUCGUAAUUUUAAUUAUCGAUCUACAUAAAUAUAUGUAUGUGCAUAUGUAUACAUAUUAUGAGUGCAUAUUGGUACAACUUACAUAACUGCAUUCAGUUUUAUUUAUAGCCAAAAUUUUUACAUAGCAUAUUUAUAUGCGCACUUCUGAUGAUUUUCAAGGACAUUUUUUAAACCAAAGUCUCAUACAUAUAUGUAUUUUUAUUGCAUAUUAAAUUAGUACAAAAAAAAAAAAAACAAAAACAAACAAAAAGAUAUCUAAAUGCAUUAUAUAUACGAAAUAUCGAUGUGAAAUUAUCCAACAACAACAAAAUAAGAUACGAUAGCCACCAUUUGAUAUUUUAGAGAGUAGACGAAAAACUUCCAAAUGAAAAACUCUCGAAGAACUAUAUCUAGAACCAAAGCAAAACUAUUUUUACAUCUACAGAAUGCCCACUACCCCCCCUCUCACUGAAUACUCUGAGCAGUCAGUCAGUCACUAACUAAGUAUGUAUGUAUGUACAUAUGUAUAUGCUGCGCUAUAUACAUUUACUUAAGCAUAUAUGUAUGUAUGUGUCAUGUAGCAUGCCUAAAGGACACUCUCGAAUGUAAUCUGUAAUUUAUUGAGCCAAGCCAAACCGACAAAAUAAACACAAAUAAUUCAAACAAUCGGAUUUGGGCAUACCACACACUCACACACAAAUGUGCAUACUCGUAAUACCCGAAAGUAAAUAAAAAUCUUACUAAAUACUAAAACCAAAC